AGCUUUCACUGCUGAUUACAUCUGCUAUCCGUUUCCCUUAAACCCUAAAUCUUUCUUUGUGCCCUAAAAUCGGGUUUGCAACCUAAAUUAUUAUACUUCAAGUUGGCUGCUUUGCUUCAGAAGUUUCAUUACAUAGACAAUUCUCAGUCUGUUCAGAAUGAUUCUUCGUCAAUUUGGGACUAAAAUCCAUCUCUCAAGAAGGUUAUUUAGCAGCAGCGGCGAUCGUGAUAUCGUGAAUGCCAUAGCUGAGCUUAAUAAGGAAAUGGAACAUCUUUUUGGAGAAUCUCCCGUCUCCGGUCCUACAAACCCUAGUUCAGAAAACCCUAUAUUCCAAGAAGAUAGUUCUUUUCCAUCUCCUUCAAAAACAAUGAGUGAAACUAGAUUGACCCAUGUUGAUACAAAGGGAGAAGCUCAAAUGGUAGAUGUCUCCUCAAAAGAAACCACUAAACGGGUAGCAAUCGCAAGUUGCAAAGUGAUUCUUGGUAAAUCAACAUUUGAUCUAGUUUCAUCGAACCAGAUGGGUAAAGGUGAUGCCAUUAGUGUAGCUCGGUUAGCAGGCAUAAUUGGGGCAAAACAGACUAGCAAUCUAAUACCCUUAUGCCAUAACAUCAAUCUGAGUCACGUUCGUGUGGACUUAAAUCUAAAUCCUAGCGAUUUUAGUAUUGAUAUUGAAGGUGAAGCUUCUUCGAGUGGGAAAACUGGCGUGGAAAUGGAGGCUAUGAUGGCUGUUAGUGUUGCUGGACUUACGGUUUAUGAUAUGUGUAAGGCUGCUUCGAAGGGUAUCGAGAUUACGAAUGUUAGGCUUGAGAGGAAGAGUGGGGGGAAAAGCGGGGAUUGGUUUAGAGGGACAAAAUGAUAAACACAAAAAAGAAUAAAAAAAGCUUCUUUGAUUCUCAUUUCUCAUAAACAUGAUUGGAUCAUUAUAAUGGCUUUGUAGGGUUUAAUCCAUGUGAAUGUGAGGUAUGUUCUUUCAUGCCUAAAUGUUAUCUAUUAAAGAGUGUUGAAAAUCGAGGAAAGUAGCAAAGAUUUCGUGUUGGGUUGAGUCAUUUUUGUGACUUUUCUAACUUUAUAUGUAUCUAGAUUAAAUUUUGUUUAAAUAAAUUGUGUAAUUUGUUUUUGUACUAAAAUUAAGAAUAACAAGGAACUUUUAUUUUUAUUUCA